AUGAGAAGUGUCCUAUCCAGAAAGGUUGCUCCAAGACUUCAAUGUAUAAUUUCACGCAAUGCUACAAGUAGUACUCCUAUAAGGGAAGGUGUUGGUUCUGGAUCUCUAAAUCGCCGGAUGGUUUCAUCCUACACGGAAGACUUUGAUUCGGACCAAAAGACGGCUCUUGUACUUGGCUCUUCUGGUGUACUAGGCAAGACUCUGACCAAACAUUUGUCACGGAAUCUUGGAAUGAGUGUGAUAGGUGCAGAUGUGGUUGCUGGAGAAGAUGAGAGUAGUCUGGAUGCAUUCGUACCGAUUCCAACACUGGACGAUAAGCAUCCAGGACUCGGCGAAAUGACAGAAGCUUUGGCGAUUGGUCUAUGCGAAGUUUUAGCAGAUGGAAGAGACAUCGAUACGAUUAUAUGUGCGGCAGGUAGCUGGCAGAGUGAUCCUACGGCUCCAAAUACAGCUUCUAGUGACAAAGACUUCAUUGCUGGAGCAAGAUCCUUUGGCGACAAUAUCGACGCCAUGAUGGCAGCCAAUCUGUAUCCUGUCCUUGCAGCAGGGUAUGCAGCAAAUCGUUUCAUGGCAGAAGAAGGAUUGUUUGUCGUGAUUGGAGCAACCGCUGCACUGUCUCCGACACCCGGUAUGCUGGGAUAUGGCCUGGGUAAGAGUGGAGCGCAUCAUUUUGUCCAAACGCUGGGUGAAAUUUCUGGGAAAUCCGCCACUACUAAAUCUAGACGGCGCAAAGCACGCAAGUUGCGACAAAACAAUGAAUAUCUGGACACACUGUCAGUUGUUGGUAUUUUGCCCACCACCAUUGACACGCCUUCCAAUCGAGAAUCCAUGUCGGAUCAUGAUUUUAGCCAGUGGACACAACCCGAAGAUAUCGCCAUGGAGAUUGGAACCUGGAUAAAGUUGCCAUCCAUGAGGCCGCAUUCUGGAGGAUUGGUAAAGGUAUUUCCCAACAAGUCGGGUGGUGCUAGCUUUAAUCUAGUUCGAUAA